ACAACGUUGUAUUGUACUGAAAAAGGGGGUUCAUUUUCAAGUUAUGUAGAAGUUUAAGAUCCUUGGCUUUGAUUAACUGGCCAUAUGACUUGAAGGAGCUGAUAGAUUACAUUUCCCUGGACUUGUACCCAUAGACACCUCGUGCGAUUUCAUGGGACAAUAAAAUUGAAUAGUCAUCCCUGAAAUACAAGUGGUAUGGUCUACAACCCCUCCUACAGUUAAAAUGGUAUCGUCCUAGUAGGUGGCGUUGUGUUCAACCAGGAAGUAAUGUUUUGUGCUGGUUCCGGUUCUCUUAAUACAUCCAUGGGUUGGGUGUGCACAGUCUGCUAGAGAUAUUAAACCGUGGCUAUUUAACACCUUUUAUACAUAGCAAUGUCUCCGGAUGAGCUGGUGUACCUGGGAAUUCUUGCUGCCUCCAUCCCUGUUGGAUUCCUCUUUCGUUACCUCAGUCCUCCUGUGAAGCAGGGGGCAGCUCUUCUUCUGGGCCUCUCUAUCACCAUCGCCACCUGUCACAUCCACACCCUUCACUCUCUGGUGACGGUGAUUGGAACAUGGAUUAUUAUAAAGAGUAGCUGGAGGCAUGCCCCAGCAUUGAGUCUCACCUGGACCUUUCUCUACCUCCUCUUCUUUCGUCUGGUCACUUGGUUCGGUCUGCCACCACCGACACCGUUUGCCAACGCCAUCCAGCUACUUCUCACUCUCAAGAUGGUGAGUCUAGCAAACGAGGUGCACAGCUUCCACACGGAGAAGAAAAAGGACGUGAGCUCUUUUGCCAAGUCUCCUGUCAUUGGUGGUUUGUCUCAGGAGCCCUCCCUCUACGAUAUUCUGUCCUAUAGCUACUGUUACGCCGGUAUAAUGACCGGUCCGUUCUUUCGCUUCCAAACGUACGUUGACUGGCUGAGGCAGCCGAGGCCGCAGGUCCUGCCUGGCUGGGUGCCGUGCCUGCAGCGCCUGAAGCUGGUCCCUGUCUACGGUGCUCUGUUUCUGGCUGUCAACUCUGUCUUCCCACUGGCCUACGUUCGCACAGAGGAGUUCCUGGAUGAAAACUUUUUCUUUAGGUUAUUCUACAUGAUAGCAGUGUUCUUUGUGUUUCGGAUGCGUUUCUAUGCAGCGUGGUGUGGAGCUGAGGCUGGUUGUAUCAGUGCAGGUCUGGGCUGCUAUCCAGAAAAGGCGCUGUCCAAACCUGGAGGAGGACCCACCGUCAACUACAGUCCUGAUCCCACAGCUGAAGAGAAAUAUGACUUCAAAACCAUCCAGAACAUUGACUGCUACAACACUGACUUCUGUGUGAAAGUCCGUCAUGGCAUGCGUUACUGGAACAUGACAGUGCAGUGGUGGCUGCAUCACUACAUCUACCCCAAUGCUCCCUUCAAAGCCUACGCUCUCAGGGCCGGCUGGACCAUGUUCAUCAGCGCCUACUGGCAUGGACUACAUGUCGGCUACUACCUCUCCUUCCUCACCAUCCCCCUCUGCAUCGCAGCCGAGUCUGCCAUGGAGGCCUCUGUCCGAGCUAAGCUGGGUCCUUUAGGACAGAACAUCUUCGACUGGGUUCACUGGUUCCUGAAGAUGAGGGCCUACGACUACAUGUGCAUGGGCUUCGUGCUGCUGAAGGCCUCUGACACCAUCAACUACUGGAUGUCCAUCUACUUUGUCAUGCACAUCAUCGCCGUUUGCUGUAUAAUUGUCGGCAGGGCUCUGAAGGUGGGGGAAAGGGAAGAAAGGAGAGGGCACAAGGAGGAGAAAAGAGAGGGAGAGAAGAUAGAAAACGUGAAAACUGGAGAAAAAACAGACUGAGUGAGUGGAGGUACAGAGAAGAACUGGGUGGUACUGUUUUGGGACAUGAGGAGGAGUUACUUCAAGACAUUGAUCAAUCGCACCAACACUCAUCAUCAAAUAUAAAAGUUGUUAAAGUUAUUACAAAAUGCAUUAAAUCAAACAAAAGUGUGACAAGUAAAAUCUGGUCAAAAACAUUCCAUAUAUGUACAUAAAAGUACUGUGAACACUGGGAGAGGAAUAUUUGAGCUCAAUGAAUGUUACUUUUGUAGUGUGAGUGGCAACUGGUGUGUAAAUAGUUAUAUCAUUCCCCUCAUCUGAGCGUCUGCCUGUCCAGUAUGUGUGCUUUCAUUUUACCAUACCAUUCCCAGUUUUAAGUGAACUGUAUUACUGGUCAAGAUGAAAUGUCAAGAUGCUGUUUUAAAAACGGGCAGUAGGGCCAGUCAAACAACCAAUAACAACAUAAGAGAAGCAAUUGAAUGGGAUUAAAUUGAGUUUGCAUAAGCAACAAAACACUCAGUAUUUUGUUACAGGAAGUUCAUACUGGAGUACAGAAUGCAUAGAUUGUGAUGGAAAAAAAAUUAUAUGAUGGUGUCAUCAUUAAGGCUCAGCUAUUAUUUUUGGGUGUGAGCAUUAUCAAAGAAACAGAAUAAUCCUGCUUCAGUUUGUUGUCUUAAAUCAGCACCUUGACUGUUUUUGACCACAAUAAAGAGUUUAAAUGGGAUUAGUCAAAUGCAGAAAAAUUACAACGUAAUUUUAGGUUUUUUUAGUUUUAAGGAGCAAACCAUGGUCCAGAUACAUUUUUAUUGCUGCCUAAUUACACUAGGACUUGUUUAAGUGUUUUAGAUUUUAGUUGUCAGUAUUAUAAUGUUCCUUAUUUUUUGUAACAUUGCUGUGCUUUGGUUUACUUCCUUGAUCAAGUGAAUCCAAAAUGUCUCUGUUUGGAUUUUUUCCCUGUUUGGAUUUUUUCCCUUAUUGUUUUGCCUGUAACUCUGAGCAUAUCAGGAACAUCUGCACUGACAUCUCUAUAGCUGUGUUGCAUGUGAUGAAGAGUGUGCCAUGUGUAAGAUAGCAACAGUCCGUUCACUGCCAAAAUGUCUGUACUGCCAUCGUGGAUCAUUCAGGGUUGGAACCAAACAUUUAUUAAAAGGUUUUAGAUCAUAACUAUAAGCUGCCAACAUAAGUCACAAAUAACAGCACAGCUCGGGCUGGGCGAUAUGGUUGAAAUCAUUAUCACAUUGUUAAAUAAGAUAUUUUCCAAUAUCGAUAUAUAUGUCACAAUAUAAAAAUUUGUAUGCACAAUAACAUAUAAUAUAAUAACAAAUGUUUUUAAUUCUGGCUUGGUCUUAAACAUUUAUUACGUCUAGAAUGAUAACAUUAUAUGAUCAUAUAUCUUCAUGAUUUGUUUCUGCCUAAAGUUGAUAAAUGAUGUUGAAUUAUCGCCCGGCCCUAACCACGAUAAACUGAACAGUUGGUAAACAUGUUGAGAGUUUUUUCACUCACUCCUGUCUCAAACUGUGUGAUGAUAGCUCUGUGUCUCUGUUUUAUUUCAGCAUAACUGCAGAAUUGAAAGGUCUUAUCUCCCAAUCUGUUUUGUUCUCGUUACCUGGAACUGAGAUCAUUUAAAUUACAAAUGUAUUUGUGUCAUGCCUUUGUCCUUUAUCCUCUCUGUGCCAACUCAACCCUUUGUUUUUAUUAUUGCACAGGUGUUGUGACUUCUACUAGACUAUUUAUUUUUAGCCAUUUGUCUGUUGUCUUUUGCUUCCCAUACUGCACCAACUGUAACACUCCCUGCCCUGUAACGGUGUUACUUGUGGAAUACAUAUCAGCAUUUCCUCAUCGA